GAGUGGCGUUCUGAUUCUCGAGAGUCUCGAGGAAACGUGUGAUCGCGUUGCGAUUCAUCAUCACUUACCGUUCAACAUCUGUGACGAUCGGAUUUGGAUUGAUCGAGUGGCGCGUUUAUUUUUCCCGUGGAUGAGAUUACUCUUACGCGUAUAUCGAUAUAACGUCCGCGGCCCAUAAAUUCGCACAAAAAAAAAAAUUCGAUUGUCUUCGUCGUGUUACUACGUGUUAACGACUUCCGACUGACAGUCGCGAGUCGAGCCGUCUUGGAAGCAUGAAGGAGUUCCUGAUCGCGUUCAGCGCGAUUCUAGCUGUAUCCACAGCUGGAGUAAUCAUAUUUGCUGAACCAAAAAAUGAUUCCCAUCUUUUGGGUUCAGACGAAUGUUCAUGGGGUCCAAGUUAUUGGUGUGAAAAUUUAAAGACAGCUAAAGGAUGCAGUGCUGUUAAACAUUGUAUUCAUCGAUACUGGGAACAAAUAGAAGUUCCAGAUGAUAAUGACAGUGUAUGUGGAAUUUGCAAAGAUAUGGUGCAACAAGCACGGGAUCAAUUGGAGAGUAAUCAGACUCAACAAGAUUUGAAAGAUGUUUUUGAAGGCAGUUGCAAAUUAAUUCAUAUUAAACCAAUUGUUAAGGAAUGCAUCAACAUUGUUGAUCAAUUUAUCCCUGAACUUGUGGAAACAUUGGCAUCCCAAAUGAAUCCAUCUGUGGUUUGUUCUGUCGCAGGACUUUGCAACAAUGCUCACAUUGACGAAUUGCUUUCACAGUAUCAAAUAUCAACAAAGGACGACAACAAGAAAAUAAAGUCAGUUUUACUGAAGAAUGACGAACUUGAGCCUGAUGAAUGCACUAAAUGCUAUACAAUAGCAAAGUAUAUGGAAAAUAAAUUACAUCGUACAUCGCGAGAUGCGAUGCUUCUGCAAUUUUUGAAUAUUUGCGGCAAAUUUGAUUCUUUUUCGGAUUCUUGUUCAGCCAUUAUCAUAACUCAUUUUAAUGCCAUUUACGAUCAUCUGCAAAAUAAUUUCAACGCGGAUAACAUAUGUCACUUAUCAGGACAGUGCAGUAAUAAUUACCAUAAACAUGAAGACACUGAUGCAGUUCCAAAUGUAGAGAUAACACCACUAUCAAGUGUUGGCAUGGUAGAAAUUGGAGAUGAUCUUCCAUGCAAGCUAUGUGAGCAACUUGUAGGUCAUUUGAAAGAUCUUUUAGUUGCAAACACUACAGAGAUAGAAUUUAAACAAGUUCUUUUGGGUCUUUGUAAGCAAACUAAAUCUUUUGCUGAUGAGUGCAAAGCCAUAGUUGAUGAAUAUUAUCAACAAAUUUAUGAAUAUCUCACGAAAGGAUUGAACAGCAAUGUUGUCUGUCAAUUAUCUGGUAUUUGUCCUAGUCCUGGCAAAACAAUACAAGCACCAAUUUGGCCUUUAGUCCCAGAAAAAGUAGCAAAAGUGGGAAUGAGCAUAAUGAAUAAUAACAAACAAGAUCAAAAAGAAAUUGAAGUAACUAUUGGCAAGGAUCAUCAAAAAUCGGAAGCUGAAGAAAUGCAAUUGCCAAUUGAGAGAUUAGCUCCUUUUCCUUUGCUGCAAGUCGAAAGUGUUAAUGGAAAGGAAGCAUGUGCACUGUGUGAAUAUUUGUUACAUUAUAUACAAGAUACUGUUACAAAUCCUGCAAUUGAGGAGAAAGUGAAGGAAGUCCUUGGGACAAUAUGUAAAAAAUUACCUUCCAUUGAAGGUAAAUGCCAAGAAUUUGUAGAUCUUUAUGGAGAUGCAAUUGUGGCCAUACUUGCCCAAGAAAUUGAUCCAUCACAGGUGUGUCCUAUGAUACAUAUUUGUCCAUCGGAAGCAUUUUUUGAUAAACUGGAAAAAAUUCCUAAAAGUUUCAUCAUUCAGGAAGUACAAGAUAAACCAGGUUGUCCACUCUGUCUGCUUGCAGUGACGCAAAUUUAUAAUGCUAUCAAAGACAAUAAAACUGAGGCUAACAUUGAAGCUGAAUUAGAUAAAUUGUGUAAUCACUUGCCACGUAGCUUGACUGACCAAUGCACAGAUUUUGUGAAGGCAUACAGCAAAGAGCUUAUAGAAAUGUUGCUUGCAGACUUGACACCCUCAGAAGUAUGUGUUUAUCUUAAAUUAUGUGACCAGACCAAAGAUCCUGGUCCAAAGCAUAAUUAUAUUAUUCAAAAGGACAGAGAAAUAUUAACCAACGAGAUACCCAAUUAUCCAUUACCCACAGUUCAGUCCGAGAAUACUUUAGAUGAUGGAGUAUGCACAAUUUGUGAAUUUGCAAUGCAAUAUAUUGAUAAAGUUAUUCGUAAAAAUAAGACGCGAGAUGAAAUUGAAAAAGCGGUACAUGGUGUAUGCAAUCAUUUACCGAAAACAGUUGCCAAGGACUGUAAUCAGUUUGUGGAUGAAUAUGCUGAUGCUGUAAUAAGUAUUCUAGCAGAUGAUGUUAGUCCUAAAGAGGCAUGUACCUUGCUUGGCCUUUGCAAAAUCAGCAUGAUACAAAUUCAAGAAUCUGUAGCAGAAUGUGCCUUAUGUCGAGCAAUUAUAUCAGAAAUUGACAAGUUGUUGGGUAAUUCAAAGGUUGAUGCUGAAAUUGAAAAAGUUGUUGAAAAAGUGUGCAAAUAUCUACCUGCGAAUAAACGAGAUAAGUGCAAUGCGCUGAUAGAAAUUUAUGGACCGAGUAUAAUAAACAUGCUAAGAAAGCAGAUAAAUAGCGAAAAGAUGUGCAGCAAAAUGGCUUUAUGCUCUUCCAAUGAUUAUUUUGCCAUGUCAUUUAAGAAUUCACGUGUGUUACGAUCGAUUACUGAAACGAAAAAAUGCACUUGGGGGAAAUUGUUCGUAUGCGGAAAUGAGGAAGUAGCCAGACUUUGCAAUGUUACAAAACAAUGUGAAGAUUUUCGAAAAAGUGGCGAAGUUGCGUAAAUCGCAUUAAUUCUGGAUGACAAUUAAAAGCUGUAAAAAAAAAUGUAAUGAAAAAAACAAUAGAAAUGAUGCAGCCUUUUGAUUGAUGAUUAAGUUUCCAGAGAUCUUAGCCAUAUAGGAAAUAGCCUAUUUCAUGUUAUAAAAUAUAUGAUCUUUAUAUUAAUCUCUGCUAUAUCAGAGUUCUCAAAUAAUAAUGAUCUGUGUAGAUGAGUACGAUAAAAUGCUAUGCUACAAUAUUUUCUUUGAACCAAAUAUUACACGUAGUCUACCGUACUUAUAUUACAUUGAUAUUACAAAAACUUGUAAUCCUCGAUAAGUUGUAAGAAUCCUUUUCAUCCAGCUACAUAAAACUGCUAUUUUGUUAGCAGAACAAUUUGGCAAUAUUAUAAAGGUUUAAAUUAUAUAUUUGUGCAUUUUUUUUCCUUUUUUUUCUUCUGAUAUGUAUAGUAAACGAUGAUCUGUUUUAUUUCAAGUUUAACUGUGAUAAUGAUGAAAUAAAAAUUAACAAAAAUGUGUAAUUCUGUUUUAUGAAUUGUAUAUUCCUAAAUACAUGCGAUGUAAAUUGUAUUUCUUUAAUAAACAUACUUUUGAAAUAUUCUA